AGUACCGUAAAUAUGUAUCACUUCGUCAGAGUGUACGAUCUGGAUUGCAGUACAUGAUACAAGAAACCAAUGCAGUAAAAACAGCAAACUCAUCUGUAUUUAUUUAAGGAGAAUGACCAGCAAGUUUAUGGUAUCAUGAAAGACAAUGUCUACAUGAAGUUACUACAUCGGUAGCGUAUAUCGACGUUAUUGACAUUGGUCUCGUUUGUCUAUACAGGUUUUCCAACUUGAGCAUUGUUUUCGAGAUGUUUAUGAAGGAUAUUGGGGGCGUCGGCAAUAUUGGAAAAGUGAAGAGAAAAGGAGCGGACUAUUACCGGUUUACAGGAUGACGUGGUCUGAUAACGAUUGCUAAAGCGUUGGUACGGACCGUCAGAUAAGAUACGCGUCUAGUUAGUGAUUCGCCUCGAAGGAAGCAAGCAGAAAAUCGCAGAAGGGUCCGAUCUUCACAGAAUGAGUCGCCGCGUAGAUAAACCCGAAGACUCUGCUGUGACAAGUCGUGGAUUAAUGAUUGUUUAAUUAUGAGCGGUACCCCGAGAGCGUAUGGAUACUGUCUUCUUGCGAUCGCGGUACAGUUCUUUGGAGUCGCCGAGUCGUCAUCGAGAGAAAUGGACGUCUGCUCGACAUUUUGUGCCUGCGACAUGUGGUACGGCUUGCGACGAGCUUCUUGCACGGGAAGACGUUUGUACAGCAUCCACACUGGUGUCUCCGGUGAGGUGCAAGCUCUGGACCUCUCCGACAACUCCAUCUCCUCUUUGGGGAAUUAUGAACUCGCGGAUGCUGGGGUGACCCAAGUCAGAUAUCUCAAUCUGUCUGGAAAUGCCAUCGCAGAAAUCGAUCUCAACGCUUUUUCCGGCCUCGACGAUCUGUCCGUUUUGGAUCUGUCAAGGAAUCAUUUGACAUACCUUUUGGUGGAUACCUUCCUCGAGUGCAAACAUCUACGUGUAUUACGAUUGGCUGGGAAUAAUUUCAACGUGCACGUGCCCAGAUUACGCUCUCCCUCUCUCACGGAGUUAAACAUGAAUGCCUGUCGGAUCAGUCACGUGAGCCCAGGCACGUUCGAUGGACUGAUGCAGCUGCGUCAUCUUGAUUUAUCAGACAACUUAAUGAUUCAGCUAGACGGCCGAAUUCUGCAAAGAUUACCCUUCAUGAAGAGUUGCACAAUAGUCGGGAACCCCUGGUCUUGUAAUGGGAUUAUGCGUGACUUGCAAGCUUAUUUCAGGAAGCGAAAUAUCAGUUUUACCGAAGUGUGCAAAGAAGCCGCUACUCCUAGGAAAUUUGAGAAGAUGAUCGCACUCGAGACUCCGAAGAAGUUCAAGGAACCUCGACCGGCGGUCAUCGAACCAAGGACAAAAAAUAACUGGAAUGUCCCCCAUCCCAUUACAGGCGUUCACACGAACGUGUCAACGAACGCGACAUCGGCUCUCGAUGACGUUAACAAAACUACGUUUCUUGUUCCGUGGUAUCUCAUUUUCGGUAUGGGUUUCCUCUUGGGUACCUUCGUCGGUGGCACGGUUACUUAUAUCUUCGCCUCGUCUUUGAUUGGAUGCUCUUCCUUGUGCACCCGACGAAGAAACACAGACAAUUUCCAAAGGGUUUCGCUUUUGCAAGACAACUGGCUGCAGAGCAAUGCCGGUGACGACGAUGGAAGAGAAACUGUUGAAAAUGGGGGACAGGUUUGUCCUGGUACUCCUCCGCCACCAUAUCGUGAUGUUAUAUUACACACGAAUUUGUAUCCUAGAACUUCACAGUAAACAGAUUUGAAAGCA